GAAUUUUCCCCUGACAUCCCCCUAAACCUGUCUAACUCACCCCUGUCCUGCUGUGUCCCCUUUUUGGCACUGCUGGGAGCAGAGCAGUCACUCUCCGUGCUGUGUCCCUGCAGAGCACUGCUCCCAUGGCCACGCCGGACGUCAGUGUGCACAUGGAGGAGGUGGUGGUGGUGACGACGCCGGACACGGCAGUGGAUGGCAGUGGGGUGGAGGAGGUGAAGACAGUACUGGUCACCACCAAUCUGUCCCAGCAUGGCAGUGACAUAAAUGAGGACACUCUGGAGACAGAAAACGCAGCUGCUGCGGCCGCUGCCGCCUUCACAGCAUCCACACACCUGAAGGAAGCAGUGCUAGUGAAGAUGGCUGAAGACGACGACAGCUUGGAGGCAGAGAUCGUGUACCCCAUCACCUGUGGGGACAGCAAAGCCAACCUCAUCUGGAGGAAGUUCGUGUGCCCCGGGAUCAAUGUGAAGUGUGUGCAGUUCGACGGACACCUCAUCAGCCCCAAGGAGUUUGUGCACCUGGCAGGAAAGUCCACUCUGAAGGACUGGAAACGGGCGAUCCGGAUGAAUGGGAUCAUGCUCCGGAAGAUCAUGGACUUGGGGGAGUUGGAUUUUUACCAGCACACCAAGGUCUGCUCCAACACGUGCCGGAGCACCAAGAUUGACCUGACCGGUGCCAGGGUGUCCCUGAGCAGCCAGACCUCCACGGAGUACAUCCCUCUCACUCCUGCUUCCACAGAUGUGAACGGAUCCCCAGCUACAAUUACCAUAGAAACAUGUGAGGAUGCCAGCGAUUGGACCACCAGCAUUGGAGAUGACACCUUUGCGUUCUGGCGAGGCCUGAGGGACGCAGGUCUCCUGGAUGAUGUCAUCCAGGAGUUCCACCAGGAGCUGCUGGACACCAUGCGGGGUUUGCAGCAGCGGGCACAGGACCCCCCCUUGCAGCUGGGAGAUGCUGUCCUACUCAACAAUGUGGUGCAGAACUUCAGGAUGCUGGACCUGGUCAAGAAAGUCCUGGCCAGCCACAAGUGCCAGAUGGAUCGCUCCAGAGAGCAGUACACACGGGAUCUGGCAGCUCUGGAGCAGCAAUGUGAUGAGCACCGCAAGCGUGCCAAGGAGCUGAAGCACAAAUCACAGCACCUCAACAACGUGCUGAUGACUCUGACUCCCGUCUCUGUCCCCACACCUUUAAAACGCCCUCGCCUCACCCGGGCCACCUCCGGACCGGCUGCCAUCACCUCCCAGGUGCUGUCCCAGCCGGCGCAGAUCGCCGUCACCCCGGCCGUGCCCAUGUCCCAACUCACCAGCCUGCCUCUGGGCAAAGUGGUCUCGACUCUCCCAUCCUCAGUGUUGGGUAAAACCCCAUCCCAACCGCCUGCCGCCAGCUCUCCAGCCUCCCCGCUGCUGGGUGGCUACACUGUACUGGCCUCUGCUGGCAACGCCUUCCCCGGUGCGGUGGAAAUCCACCCGGACGCUCCCAACGUGACGGUGCUGAGCACGGCGGCAGCGACAGCUCAGGACAGCAGCACAGUUGUGAAGGUGCUCAGCCCUUUCCAGCUGCUGGCGCUGCCGGGGCUCGGUGCUGCCAUCCAGAACGUGACACAUGUGGGUGGUGGUGGUGCGGUGCUCAGCGUGCCCUCCGAGGGUCCCACGGCCGAGCACACCGCUGCCAUCGAGGUGACGGCGGUGGCUGAUGAAGCAGAGCAGAAGUGAAGGAGAGGGCCCUGCCUGGAGGGGACAUUCGUCACGGCGCUCGGGGGAACGGCCUUGGGUCUGCGUGGUGCAAUGAGGGGCGUGGGUUAAGGAGGCUCAGGGCGGCUGGAGCUGGGAGCGUGGAGGUGUGCUGGGCAGGCAGCGAGGGAAGGGAGGAUGCCUGGAGGAGAUGAGGGCAGCAGAGUGCUCUGCCCUGAUGGGAGGAGGACUGGAAAAAG